AUGUUAAAAAUUAAAUUUAUAUUAAAAUUUUUUAUUCUCAUUUUAACAAUUAAAUUGUGUAAUUCAUCUCCUUGGUCAGCCUACAAUAACCCUUAUGGAAUGAAUCAAGGUUAUCCUCAAUAUUGGAAUCGAAUAUCUCCUUCUAUGAUGAAUCCGUAUGGACAAUAUGGCAAUAGAUUUUAUGGUAAUGGAGGGAUGCAAGGUCUAAACAAUCCAUUCUAUGGCAGAAAUUCAAUACCACCAAUAAAUGGAUAUAAUCCAUACAACAAUUAUUUUCCGUAUUAUAGAGGACAGAAUAGCAUCUCUUAUCCUUAUCGAACAUUUGGAGGGCCGUUUACUUGA